AUGUUCUCCCCGCUUGCAUUUCCCACGGGGUUGAUCCUAUACGACCUCUCCUUCUCGGUUCCCCCAACGUCGCACCUCGAGUUAUUUCCCUUUGAGAUAUACAGGGAACCCUUGGUCAUCAUUGCCAUUGCAGACGGUACCGAGCUCUCCCAGAGUCCCGAAUCGGCGAAGCAGCAUCCCACUCCGGACGGACUUGAUCAACUAUUGGAAGAGCUCGAGGCAACAAAGGAGAGGAGCCCACGAGCACUAGUGAACCAGCUCCUGAUCUUUGACUAUGAUGGAUUGGAGAAACUCACAAAUGGACCGGAUAAUGUACUCUGGGUGCCUCGUCCCGAGUCAUCCAAAGCUACGACAAUGAAAACGGUUCUGUGUGACAUAACCUCGGUCUUGCUUUCGGAACUGGACGAGUUCGCGAAAACGAUUCAGGCCAUCCCAACGAUUGAUUCGCCUCGUACAUCUUCAUGGGGACCAUCCCGUAAUCCAGAGCUGCGCCCCCGACCUGUAGACCGAUUACUACACCGAAUGACCCUGCCUGCACAACUGCCACCAAACCUCCAUGGUACACCAGAUACCCCAUUGUCUGAUUCUGGCUCACAAACUCCCAACUCCGAAACUGCUACGACUUUCGACGAGAUAACCCGAUCAAUUCACAUCACUCGCACUCAUUCUGGCAGCAAGAGCCCCUCGGUAGCGUCGCCCAAAGAGCAUAGUCGCGAACGAAUGUCGGUUAGCGGAGUUAGUGCGACUGACAGAACGAAAAAUCGUAUCAAGGGACGCGCUGGUGUCGUGAUUGGUACACUUUUCCUGCAGGCAGGAAGAUGGCACGAUGCUUUGAAGGAAUUGAUCGAAGCUACCAACAAUGCACGCGCAGGAAGCGAUUAUAUUUGGCACGGUAAAGCAUUGGAGUCUAUUCUUCUUUGUCUUGUUAUGCUUGGGUGGGCUGGUAUGGAUUUCCAGAUUCCCUCGGUUCUCUACCCUGUUGCCGACAAGUCUUCAAAGUCGCAUCGGGAUUCGACUUCUGCUCCCUCAGCUGGCAACCGCAUUAUCUCCCUUCAGAACCUUGCGAACCUUUUGCCCGAUCUUUCAAAUACCAUUCUGAAUCUCUAUAAUCGAGCCGCCAACAUUACAGACGAACCUCUUCCACAACUAGUUUUCUCCGAAACCGUCAUUCGGUUAUCAAGACUCUUGGUAUCAGCUCGAGUCCGUGAUGGCGCGCUCGACGACAACGCCCUGAAACAUAUCGUCAUGAACGAGCCUCUCGUUCCUAUACUUCAUCCAGAACUUCCACGUGGAACAGUAUUGCUUCGCAAAUCCGACCUUGCAAACUUCUUGUACCGAGCUCUACCGCUCGCUCCUAGUGCCGACUUGCCUGCUACUGAUGUGGUCCCCAUUAUUGUGGGUGUGGUCUCUGUUCUCAAUGCUCUUGAUCUGCCUCGGAAGAAAGCGUUUAUUAUGCGUGAGCUUCUCACUGUGAUGGUGCCUAGCCUCGUGCAGGCGCGAAAAAUUGGCGCUGCGGAGGUGGGAAUCCACCCAGCCGCGGGAUUAGCGUCUCUUAGUGAUACCGCCUUUGAUGUAAAUGCCCUUGAUAUUGGCCCAGGGAACAUGGAAAAGAGCGUGCGGCUUCUUCUUGCUACCAUUGGCGAGAUAUAUGGCGUGCAGCCAUCGGCGUUCUAUGAGUGGGAGAAGAGACAGAGCCAAUCAUCCGCAAUUGGUGGAUCGGACGGAUGUCUUGAAUAUGAAUCAGUUGCUGGCAUUGCAGAGCGAUCUUUUCGACAUGUGGUUCUUGAUAGAUAUGGUGAUCUCAAUCUCAAGAUUGAUGUUCUCAAAGCAUGCAUUAACUGCUGUGAAGCCUUACCCGACUUUGAGGGUGUACUUCGUUUCACAGUCGAGCUUCUCCAGACCAUUCGAGGGGAUCUGAUGAUAGGAGAGACAAACCAAAUGCCCCCAUAUCUCCCCCGAGAAGAGCAAGUCCGUCUCUUGAACAACAUUAAACGCACUGUUGGCGCUGCAAACAGACUCGGUGCUUCUCAUAUGACAGCAGAGUAUUGGGAUGACUUUCUAGUACGUGACGUUCAACUACUAGCUCUCCCGGAUCCCAGGAGGCCAGUACGACGGUUGAGGUCAGAGCUUCAUGCUGUCACUGCUGGAUCUGAAAAAUCGAAAAAGGAUCCGUUCUUAUACAAUCCUUUCGCGAAACCCAGUAGCAAAGCCCUAGAGAUGCUCAGUGUGACAGAUGAACCUGCUUCGUUCAGGGUAACCCUUCAAAAUCCCUACGAAUUUGAGGUUGAGAUCGAGCACUUGCAGCUGGAGAGUACAGGUGUGGCUUUUGAGGCUGUGUCUGAAAACAUCAUUCUCCCUCCAUUCUGUCUCCAAGAUAUUGUCGUUCUGGGUACCGCUCGCGAAGAAGGAGAGCUCACCAUCACUGGUUGCAUUGUUAAAGCGCGACAUUGUCGAAUGCGGAGGUUCCCCAUAUUCAAGAACUUCUGGAAGCCUGAUCCCGAGGUCAAGUCUAAACGGACAGGGCUGUCUUCAAAGAAGCCCCUCUCGGAGCGACCGGUGUCUUGGGCUUCGGAAACCUCCAAAGAUGGAAAAAUAUCAGUUAAAAAGGGGCCCGAGGCGGCAACAUGUCAGGUUAAGGUAAUCGGCAAACAGCCGUCACUUUUGAUCGAAUCAAUGUCGCUCUCUCAAUCAGCAAUGAUGGUUCUAGAAGGCGAAAUCAAGUCAUUUGAUAUCACCCUUCAGAACACCUCUUCAUGCCCUGUCGACUUUGUUUUGUUCACUUUCCAAGAUUCCACUACCCGCCAACUUCAAUCGGCUCUUAAGAAUAGAGAUCUCCUGCCAGUGGAGAUUUACGAAUUGGAACUGAAAUUAACGACCCAGCCUGCCCUGCGAUGGCGCCGCGAGGGACCUAAUUCGGAAGACUGCUCCAUCUUGGCGGGCCAAAAGGCUACUUUCACGGUUGAUGUACUGGGCAAGCCUGGUUUACAAGAUACCACCGUUCAAAUCGACUAUUCGUAUGUAGGGGCCAAACAAGCUGAUCUUCCUGAUAUCUUUUACACCAGGCAGCUGUUUGUGCCCUUGACGGUGACGGUCAAUGCAAGCGUGGAAGUUGCUCGCUGUGAUAUUUUACCCUUCAGUGGUGAUUUCGCCUGGCGAAACCACCUCGACCCCCCUACUGACCCAAAUCAACAACCGGAUUCGCCGUUGUCUGCCAGCGAUCAUGACCCAUUCUCUCAGGUUCUCGCUCGUCUUGGAAAUGGAGCCUACGGUCCAGAUCACUGCGUAGUCUUGCUUGAUCUUCGAAAUGCAUGGCCCAGUCCUGUUUCUGUGGGGUUGCGAGUCGGCGAACACACAGCUUUGUCAAAGGAUAAUCACACGGGCCAGUAUACCGUUGAUGGACAUCUUCAACCUGGUCAAACCUCCCGUUUUGUGCUCGUGCUUCCUCGAGUCUAUCUAGACAACCCGCAUGCCUCUAUUCCCGUUGUCAACACAGGCACUCGACGCCAAUUCGUGGUUAGCGUCAACAAGCUAUCAUUUGAAGCAGAGGCAGCCUCUCGCGAAGCUUUCUGGUUCCGAGAAGAACUUCUUAAGAGACUGUCUGGACACUGGAAGGAGGCCUCGACAGGCCGCGAGGGCACCAUCGACCUGCGGAACAUCCGCCUCAAUGCCCGCAUGGUGGAAGCCAUGCGUCUUGAGGACGUCGCUAUCACAUUUUCCCUCUCUUCGUCCUGCACAGAUUCCUCCAGCCCUGAAUCCUCUUCAAAGAUCACUCAGACCGGCCGCUCGCGUUUCCGAGCCGAAGCAGAUGAUCUGCUCACCCUAUCAGUCAAUAUCCGUAAUCGGUCCUCACGUCCCAUUCAUCCACUCCUCCGCCUUCAACCUAGCUUGCGCCACCAACCAAGCAAUGUCGCUCUAGACCUCACCCGCCGUCUCGCUUGGACUGGAAUGCUCCAACAAUCCUUACCAAUUCUUCCAAGUGGCCAGUCAACUGUGGCCUCUAUCGGCGUGACAGUGCUCAGCCGUGGUGAGUAUGAGUUUGGUGCUAGUGUCGAGGAGGCGCGCAUCCUGUGGCCUUCUGAUACUUUGGGCACGCGAGAGGAUGACUCUAAUGCUCAUGAUGAUGUUGUCAAGGACACGUUUGGUGCGGAUGUUGUGAGACGACGCCGCAUCUGGCAUGCAAUGGAGACUUGUGUCAUCCAUGCCUCUUGA